ACUCUCUCUGCUUUGAUUCGAAUGAGGAGGAAGAAGAAAUGGGGUGCAAGCAUCACUAGACAAAGAGAAGAGCUGCAACAAAUGAAGACCGAGGCUCGAGCUCAGGUGAUUGCAAGGUUUGAGAUCCCAGAUGUGGAGGAAGAGAAGAUGGGCAAGAAUGAGGCAGUGUGGAUGGAGUUGGGAGAUAUUACUAAAUGCUACAAGGUCUUUGACCUCGACUCAAAAGAGACAUUCCUCUUAAGAGAUUUGACAUUCUAUGAAGACAACUUCCCUUUCCACCACUCACCACCGGAAUCUAUCAUUCCCUCUACCAUUACGCCCACUAUUUCAAAUGCCCCUCACUACGAACCCAUCCUACUACCAAAACCACCACCCGAUACCAUUGAUUUAUCACCACCACCUACACUCCCUCACCAAAACCAAACCAACCUCGACGCUCCAUCGGAACAUUCAAACCACCUUCCCAUAUCCAUGACUAUGAAU